GGAGGGCGCGCAAACAGGGGAAGAAAAAAAAAACACAAAAACCACAGGCGCCGAAGGCCGAACAGGAUCGAACCGAGCGCCCAAAAAGGUUUCGAAAUUCCGGUGGAAAAGAGCGACAAGAGCUCCAGAGCCCUAGCCAUGGCCGGAGAGGCGGGAAGAGACCCCCGAGCGUGGCUAGCCGUCAACGAGACGGCGGCGGCCUUCCUCUCCCGUUCACUCUCCUCGUGGCCCCCCAUCACGCUCCCGCCGCCACUGCACCGCGCGCCUCUCCGCCCGGGCAACGUCGUCGAGAUCGCUGGCCCGUCCAACUCUGGCAAGUCCCACCUCCUCCUCAUGGCUGCAGUGCAGUGCAUAUUACCAAAGGAGUGGGAGGGAAUCUACUUUGGGGGUCUGGGGAGGGCUGUCAUGUACUUGGACUUGGAUUGCCGAUUUGAUGUGCUACGGCUGGCUCAAAUUCUGAGGAAUCGUAUUGCAGAGGGCUGCCGUUCAGCGCACCUUAGAAAUGGAGACCCUGAACCUGAAAAUAAUGGCACUAAAGAUGAGUUUCAGUGUUCUCUUGAAAACACACUGUUUUCUGAUUGUAUGCAGCGCUUCUUGUAUGCCCGAUGUUGCAACAGUCCUGAAUUCAUAGCUGCUUUGAAGACUGUACAGUCUCAAUCAAGGAGGGAAGUGUCCGGUGCUGGUAUAUAUUUUGUUAUGAUAGACAGCAUUGGUGCGUUCUACUGGAUAGAUCGUGGUUCUCAACCUGCCCGAGAGAAUAAAGGGAGAACACUGCAAAGCAUUACUGAAAGUGUUGUCCACGAGUUACGCAAGCUUUUGCAACUUCAACCUGCAUUGGUUUUGGUCACAAAGGCACCCAUUUAUGGUGAAGGCACUACAACAGCAAAUGACUUCAAUCGGGUUUCUUCAAAAUACAUGCUGGGGGAUUCAACUGGUUUGGGAUAUUCAAGACAGGGGGAAGAAAAAACUGUCUCUAAUCGGGAAUAUAUGCCAUCAAUAUGGCAGUCCUUCAUUACACACAGGAUAAACCUUCAAGUAGAAGAAGCAGAAGUUCCCUCUGUGCUGGAAAGUGAGGUGCUUCCUAUGCAUACUUCUGAGUGGGUGCAACCUUGCCUCAAAAUGAAGGAGAAGUUUUCUAUUAUGGAUGAUGGUGUUAGCCUUAUCCAGUGAAUUACAAUCUGGCAUCCUGUGAUGAACAUUUCGGUACCUCACUGAAUUGUUGUGAUCUGAUAAAAAAAGCAGUACGCCCACGACACGCCUACAGGAUAUUAUGUGGCAGUAUCUCUAUCUUGGUUCUCUGGCAUCGCGCACACACACAGCACAGAAGCAUAGAACCUGUAAUAGCUGAGUGAUGUACUAUUUUAAAAUAUCCAAUAGUACCCAAAAAAACAGAAACCAUUCUCUCAUUCAAGAAUUCUUAACAUGGUGGAGCUGAGUAAUCUCUACUGAUGUAAGUCUCCUAGUUUUAAAUAUUUUCCAUUUGUGCGUGUGUAAAUUCACUGCAAUGUGUGAGGCGUGGGUGAGUUGUUUUUUUUUGUACGGGGUCGAUCCCCUUUCCUUGUUUCCUUCCUAAUAGAAUAAUACAUGGCUUUUGUGUUCGAGAAAAAAAUAUUUUUCAUUUGGUGGCAAUUUCAAAUUGUUCAGCUUUUAUGCCUACCUUUCAGUGUGCUUAUAUUUCUAUUUUGAGGUUUUUGAUAGGCCAGGCUUUGCACAUCAGCUUGGCAUAUUGUUGUUUUGCACACAUGUGCAGUGUUAUGAGCCAGAUGCUCUAAAUCAUGUUUUCAUGAUACUUGAAGAUUAUUAAACAGUCAACAAUUUAUUUACACAUGUAUUUACUUCCAGUUUUCAUCAGUGUGUUUGUUUCUAUAUGUUCAUCUUGUUUUCUCGUACAAGUUUUACCAUCACCAUGACUUUAUAUUUAGGUAGUUGCAAUAUACCUAAAUAUGACCCUGAGGCUCAAAAAUAAACUCACAUGACAUCAUUGCAAAUUCACAUAGUACUAUAGUAGUAGAAGAAAUGGAGAAUGACACAUUAAUAAAACAUGAAUGUGACGAUUAAGUAAAAUGAUGAGGUAACUUUUUUUCUUGGCUUUGGUGUUUGGCAUUACAUAGUGGUUUCUGGCACUAUAAUCUACUAUAAUGUAUUAAUGUUCCUUGGAAAAGAGAGCCAUUUUAUUUAUACAAUCAUUUGUCUGGUCUAUUUGCUGCUUUGUAUCAAUGUCAUACAAGGGUUUGUUUAUUCCAAGAUCCAAGUGCAUGAGAAUAUGAGAUUCCCAUUUCUGUUGAAGUGUAGAUCAUAGGAAGUGCACGAGAUGCAUAACAAGUCAUCAGAAGCAGAAUAGAAGGCAUAGGCUGCACAGGCACUAACGCAUCAGGUAUGAUCUUGAUUGGGAAGGUGUAAAUUAGGAAAUGCCAUCCAGUAAGUCAUGUGACAACCCAACAUGUAGCAAUCUUGGUGAUACACCUGUGCGAGUUGCUUCCUCUGCUCAGAGUGAUUUUAAGGGUUAAUGAAUGUUGGAGCUCAUCUCACCGCCAGAAACAAGAAAGCGUUUCACUGAGGCCGUAGACUGAUUGGAUAUAUAUAGCAUAAAUAGUUCAAUUUACACGUUGAUUUAUGCAAGGCAGCUGAUUGGUUGGUUGUUGUGGAAGUGUUCACUAUGUUUUUCUAAUGAUUACUAAUUUGUCUUGUUCUGUACGGCGUCAUGUACUAUGCAAUACUUUGUUGUUGGAACAUACCAUUUUAAGUUGUGAAUCUUGUUUGUUUUCUAGACAAAAGUUUGUUUUUCACUUACUGAAGAUUUAAUUGUUAUAGUAGUUGUACUUUAUCCUUUUUCGUCAAUAUCCUUGCAGAUUCUUAUGUUCCAGCUAGUGUUUUCCGCUCCUUUUUCUAGGAAGAGAUGUACUCCUUUUUGGUGAUCACAAAGUUACGGUACUUACAUUAUUGUUAUGGUCAUUUUCUCAGCCACUCCAGCACUGUAUUUUUUCCUCGUCUUUUAGUAAUCGCUGUUUAUCAAUCAGCACGUCGACAAUGAAGGCGAGACCAAAGCAAUCAUCAGCAGUGGUCAUUUUCUGCCGGCCUUGCAAUUGACGGGUGGGAACUCCCAAUACCGAUGAUGAUAGAGCACGUCAUUUUCUGCUCUCGGCUUAUAUGCUCAAGUUGCUGACUUAUGAUGUUAUCGCCUUAUUUUAAUCAUGGUGGUGCUUGGUGCCUGGAAGGCUGGAUGAUGAGUGAGCAUGUCGCAAUUUGUUCUGUUUUUGUACAUUUCGUAAGUGAUCCGUGUUAUGUAUCAACCCUGUUCAGACUGGUACAUUUCGUUAUUCAUCUUGUUACACAGUGAGAGAGUUCAUUUCCCACAAGAACUGGGGAAAAUUUCCA